CCCAAACAAGCAUCUCACCAGCCAUGUUUGGCCCGCCAAAGAGGCCCGAUUCCAAAGAUCUCAAGGUCAACCUCGCCGCCCCGCCCGCCUGGACCUUUGCCCCUGGCGACAGCAUCAUCGGCACCGUCGUACGCCACACAUCGAUCGUCAGUCCCGAGGCAACAAUUCAGCUAACCCUACGGGGAGCUACCGAGACCAGGACACUUGAAAGAUCCGGCAAUCAGAGUGAAGACCGUGUCAGUCGGUGGGACCUCUUAGACCCAAAGACGAUUGACCUCUUUCGGGGACCUUUGCAUCUCCCCGAAGGUAGUGAAGAAUGCCUAACAUUCCCAUUUGAGGUGAAUAUCCCGCCCGGGCCGUCUGUCACACAGAUUAGACGCCGUAAAAAUGAGUCAAGUUAUCUGCCCGUCGACCAGGAAAGCGUGGAGCAGCACAUCCUCCCCGGGACGUUCUUCGAGAGCAACAACGGCGACUCGAGUGGAAUGGUCAAAUACACCCUAGAAGUUGAAAUGCGAUACCGUCGCGGUGGCGGAUAUUUCACGAAUAAAGAUACAUGUCCUGUUGUUAUCCGACAUACUGCGCUGGACCCUCCGCUAGUACAUUACGAGAUGAUCAAGCAUACGACAAACACACGCAUUCACAACCACCGGUUAGUGACCGGAACAGGGCAGUUAUCCUUCCGACAAAAGAUGCAGAACAUCUACGGGUCUUCUAAAGUCCCUGAAUUCACGUACAGAGUCGAGGUCAGCGCGCCCAAGGCCGUGCAGCUAGACCACCCCGUCCCAAUCCCGCUGGCUGUCAAUAUCGUGUGCGUCCCAGACAAGACCAGCCCGGCGCUACAAGACGCGGUGGUUAAAGUCACAUUGCAGUCGAUUCGCGUCACUAUCGCCGCCAUGACAUCCGUCUAUGUUCGCGGAGACUCGGGGCCCAAGUCUCUCAGUGACUUUUGGCGCAAGCAUCACACUCUCGAUAUUAAGACUACCCUGCCCAAUUCUCAGAACCCAGUUGCAUUUCAAGUCGGGCAGGAAAGUCGUCCUUUCGACGUUGGGAGUAUAUGUCGGCUUUAUUUAGGGUCGGAUAGCUUCCGGAAGAGUCCUCAGAGGCAGCAUUUCCACGGCAUAUCUGUGCGUGCAGUUCAUCCGAGCUUCAAAUCGUAUAUUGUUUGGCAUCGGCAUGAGCUGGAGUGCAACCUCUGCCUUGUCGUUGCAGGUCAGUCCCAGACCGUCACAGUAUGUGGGCCCAUAACAGUCAUGCCUGCGGAUUAGCAAGAUCGACGUCCUAAGCAUGCUACAUGGGUGGAAAGUUCUCUUAAUUUUAUGAAAUAUUCGUUAUACCAGAAAC